CUCAAAACGAUCCCGCUCGAAUCGAUCAACUCUGAAGUGUUCAUGGCCUCCCUCUACCCCGCCGUGACAGGUUAUGCCAUUCCGUUCCCAGCACCCGAUCCGGCCAUCUCCUGGAGGACGGUACUUGUUGAACUCGCGAGAUUGGGAUACUUGCUGCCCGCAACGGUGGACGAACUGGGCCAUUCUGAUCACAGCUGGGUCAAGAAAUGGUCGGAAACUGGCUAUCGAUCGAGCGAGGUCUUCUCUCGGAUUCAAUAUCACGGCGACUCCAACCUUGGAUUCAACCAGCUUUACCCCAUGAAUAUGGGCCACGACCCAGACGAAGACGAGGAGAUGACUGUAUUCUUGAACUACUUCUGGGGGCAGCCAUUUACUAUCAAAGCAGUUGACUACAUGCCCAUUUCAACUCUCGAGACCGGUCGUUACAGUGUGACACGCAGUGGUGAGGAUAGUAGCACAAUGGUCCUUGACAUCAAAUCCGAGUUCCUCUGCACCUCCAUCAACACAGCGAUCGAUAUAGUCAACAGACUGUUACAGGACUACAAUAGAAAACAGCCCAACAGUGGUUCUCGGAAGAAGCUGACAAAAAUGAGGCGAGCAACAAAUAGAAUGGACUCGGAAAUUCUAUCACAAGAAGUGGAAGCUAUGCCUAUAAUCACUCGGCACGAGGCGUGGUUGGAGGAGGAUGGAAAAGGAACCAUGAUCGCUGUCGCGUGGAAGCGCGACGGCAAAUUCGUUGCACGUCACAACAUGGUGUGGCACAUGCGUCGUCCGACGCAAAGGAUUUCGAAGCUCCUUGAAUAUGUUCUCAACCACAGUGAUGGGGUUUACAACAAGAGCAACGCGAAUUACAGAAAUAUCACGCAACUCAUAGCGGACCACGAACGCAUCAUAGCACGUGAAAAUUCAACACGUAAAGCACCGGAUAAGCCGACAUAUAAGGCAUUGCUCAAUUACGGCGAGGGUAUGGCCGACUCAGAGCGGAAAUGGUUCAAGUACACCAGCGAAUACCUGUCUGAGGGUCCUUUUGCGCACUCGGGACCUCGAACCAACUCUUUCCACCAGCCAUCUGCUGCGGGGCCGGCGGGACGAGGGAAUUACGGCAACGGUAUCGGCAUCGGACGUUUGCACGUCACUGCGCAGCGGGAUACUGUGCGCAGUGUCAAGUGGAUGGCAGACGACACACAGGCGGAGGUUACCCUUGACACGAUCCCGAUCAAGCUGGUAGUUGCAACGCUGAGACCCAGCCUGCUCAUUCCGCGUGAUGACGAGUUGGUAGUUGGCGACCUAGUUGUCCUAGUAGGACACUACCUCAUUGUCACCCCUUUCAAUCCCGAAACUUCUGUAGAACAUCGGAGUGGCAUUUUCGAGAUGACGAAUUGGCUUGAAAUCUUGAGAACGGAAGAAGCUGUUGUCAGCUUUCGCGGAAGAAAUAAGGCGAAGGUAGUUGCCCAGGCGGUUAGUAUAUUCAAGUAGGAGCAGAGAUUGAAUAAGUAAUACGUCAACAGCGAGGUCUUUCAGCACGUUUGUACUCUCCCUGUCAACACUUGCUGACAGCACUGCAGAUCUCAUC